ACACAAGCCAUAAGCAUCCACCACAUCCAAAGCAAAAAAACAACCAAAUACAUCAACCUAAGCAAGUAAGAAAGCCAUGGCUAAGCUCCUCCAAACCCUAACUCCACUCCUCUCCCUUCUCCUCCUCGCCACCGCCACCACGGCCCGGUCGCAGGCGACCUCCUUCAUCUACGACUUCUACGGCCAAAAACCAACCGACCUACUCUACCAAGGCGACGCCCACUUCCCCUCCGACUCCACCUUCCUCCGCCUCACCAACACCGACAGCUCCGGCAACCCCCUCUCCCACCGCGCCGGCCGCGCCGUCCACUCCAACCCCAUCCACCUCUACCAAGCCGGGGCCCACGCCGAUUUCGAAACCACCCUCAAAUUCACCAUCUCCCACACGGGCACCGCCUCCGUCCCCGGCGACGGCCUCACCUUCUUCAUCCAGCCCGUCGGCACACCACUCGGCUUCACCGGCGCCAGCUUCGGCAUCUUCAACCCGGCCGGGCUUAACCCGGCCGUGUUUGCUGUCGAGUUCGAUAUCUAUCCCAACGCGGGGGUGGAUCCGAGCUACCGCCACGUGGGGAUCGAUAUCGGGUCGAAUGUUUCGAAGAACACGACGGACGUGGGCGGCGCGCUGCUCGGGCAGGAGGUGACUGCCCGGAUCAACUACGUUCAAGCGACGAAGCUGAUUAGUGUGCAGGUGAGCGCGGGAUCGGAGAGCUUUGAGGUGAGCUAUGUGCAGGAUUUGAGCACUUUCCUUCCGCAGAUGGUGGAGGUUGGGCUAUCGGGUAGCACGGGCGGGGCGAUCGCGGUUUUCGACGUCGUGUCGUGGUAUUUUACUUCGACUCUUGUGAAUACCGGCGCCGGCCACAUUCACCAAUAUGUGUGAUUUGGAUUUGAUGGUGUGAUGUAAUAAGGGCUUGGCGAUUGAGCUUGCUCUCGUUUGAGUCCUACAAAUAAAAUGAUGGCAAUAUGUUUGUAUUUGUGUUAAUUUAUGUUAUCUUGUACUACUAGCUAUGUGUGUAGUGAAAUAAGGACUUGCCAUCUAUCAUGCAUGUACGUACUAUGAUGAAUGAAAUUAGUUUUUAUUAA